CGUCCUCCUCCUCUUCCUCCUUCGCCGUCGCACAAUCCCUUCUCGUCCCUCCUCCACCCUCUCCCCCCCUUCAUCGCAGCCCCCUUUCCCCGAUCCCUCCUUCCCCUUCCCACUUUCGCCACAGCUCUCCCGCUUCCCCGACACCAUCCUCCUCCCUCCUCCCUCUUUCCCCCGUUCAUCGCAGCCCCACGCCCCUCUUCCUUGGUCCCUCCCCCCUCCUCCACUUCAUCACAGCUCCCGCCCCCCGUCGACCCCGGCAGCCACCUUCACCAUCCUCCGACUCCUCCGACCCCAACAUCCCCCCCUCCAUUUUCCUACUCCGGCCCCGACAGCCCCCUCUCCAUUAUCCUGCUCCGGCCCCGACAGCCCCCAUCUCCAUUUUCCUACUCCAGCUCCGACAGCCCCCAUCUCCCUCCUCUACACCCCUCUUCGCUCUCUCUAUACAUCUUCCACUCCCCUUUCCUACUCCCUGAUAGUUCCCCGCUACCCUCCCAACAAGCAGUCAGUAGCAUGUCAUGAGCAUUUACUUUAAAGAAAUAGCAUGUCACUGUAUGCAAGUUAAAUACUGUUGUUAAGAUAGACGGCAGGAGAAGUGAUGCUUUUAGAGAGAACAAAGAGGAUUGGGGAAGUCCUAGUGACAAAAAAGCAUGGAAAAGUUAGAAAAAGAGAUAGCAGAGACAACAAUCGGGUCACUGUGCAAAGAAAAUCAUAAUCAUUUGUCAAUAGAAUCAUGCACAAGUCUGACUAUUCCUCAUGUGAAGCAUUUUAACUAAAAAUAUACCUAAGAUAAUACUAAUCUAACUAGGUUUCCCAAAAGAAACUAUCUCAACAGGGACUAUUUAUUUUGAUGAAGUGUUUGGUUCAUCAAACCUCUUAGGUUUCUUAUAAUGGCUACUGCAUUGUCUUUACAGGCCACACCAGAAAAUUUCAACAGAAAACCCCAAAUGAUCCAAAGGACCUGACUCACACUAAGGUACAAGUUGAGUAAACAACUAGAAUUUGAUGUGAUCUCCAAGCCCCAAAAUAGAACCAAAAUCUCAAUGUAUUUGGUUAGGUAUAACCUUACACCUUUAUGUUAACAUUGUGUGUUCUCUGCUGUAGUGCUGAAAGAAACUAUCUUCACCACUUGAGACUUGUUCGUGCCUCAAAACACACAAGCCUGCUCACAUUUGAAUUGUCAAAUCUUGUAUUUGCUGGUUUAGUUUUGAAUUGAGGGGACUUUACUGGUAAAAAUAGAAAGAGAUUUGAAUGCUCUUAAUUUAACUACAGAUAUUUUUUUACACAGAGUUCAAUGAUGCAAAAGAUCCAUAUGGCUGAUCGUGAAUAGUUUGGACAUCAUGGCUUUUGUUAUUAUUGUGGUUGUUUGCACUUGCUGGUUUUAUUGGCAACUCACUGAUCUAGGCUUUUUUACUUCGUUAAUGAUAUUUAGCUGAGGUUACAUAUAAUGUUUUUACUGUAGUUGAAGUUGUUUACAUGAUCAUCUUUCUCAUAAAUUAAGUUCCUUUAUCAGCAUUGAGCCAAAUAAACUGUAGCAUUUCUUGAUUGAGGCAGUUUUCUCUUUAUUCAUUUUUCAGAAAAUUUAUUGCCUUUCUCUGGUCUUCCCGCUAUGUUGUUUUCUUUUGUCAAGUUGCACAUCUUCAUAAGCAAUGCCUUUUUUAGCAAGUUGAACCUCACAAAUUACUGUUAUUGAUUGAUUAAACAGUGUCUUUUCUACUGACCGGUUUUGCUAGACUUAUAACUAGAUCAUCUCUUGGCAUUCUUGAUGAAAUGGAUCAAUUACUCUGGAAGUGCUGAUUUGAAAUGUUUCAGGUUUUAGUUGUAGGACAUUAGCGAAUCUGAUGUUAGAGAAAACAUUAUUCAUCUUCCAGUUAUUCUGAAUUCUGUAGUACCCUUUGCAAGUCAUUGAUGUUCAACCUAUUAGUAUAAACAUGAGUAUACUCUAUAAAUUUGAUGAAAAUUUGUGGUUCUUAAGUAAAGAUCUCAUCUAUUCUUUUCUUGCAUGGCUUUAACUUACUUAUUCUUAUGCUCAUGUAGAAUAUUUUUCCACUUAGAUUAUUUUUCGAUAAAGACUAAUUUACCAUAUUAUCUAAGUGAAAGUAGAAAAAUAAGCAAAAUAAGCUAGAACAUGAGACACGUAGUUUUACAAACCUAAGAUAUAAGUAGGCCGGGCAUGCGAGUUCAACCGGGUGCAGCCCAGGAGCCGGCCUGAUUCACGGUGUGUCGAGCCCGACUCAAGCAAAUUUGGAUCUCAGGUUCGAUUGAACCAGAUGAGAACGGCAUCCUCAAAUUCGCACUCGUGCCCUAAAAGCAGCGGUGAAACCGUCUCCUUCUCCACAGCCACUGCAACUGCGGCGUGUACCUUGGCGAAAGCCGGCAGCGGCGGCGGCAUUUUCCUCCGUCGAGCUCAUAUCGCUGCGGCGUUUUCCUCGGCGAACGGUGGAUGCUGCGUCUUCCUCUCCGUCGGCGAACGGUGACAGCACCCGAGAUAUAGGACGCUUGGUAGUGUCUAAACCCACCAACUACAAUAGAAAAAUAAGUGGAAUUUAGUGUCAGUGCGAAGGUGUUUUUUGAAGCCAUUAUUUCAGUGGUGGAGAAUUUCUUGGAUGUGAGCAUGAGAAUGCGUAACUAAUCUAGAGACUUAUCUCUGAAAGAAAUGGCUGAUUGGAACUGAAUGCAUGUGGAUUAACAUGAGUGGUGGAGGAAUGUUGUCUGAGACAGAUGAUUAGUUGAAAGUUUUCAACAUCCUUGAUUUGAGGCAGAGGAGGAAUUUGGAUUGGAGAGGGCCGAAAUAAGACUUUUCUUGUAUUUUUCUGCAAACAGUACGUGAUACUGGCUCAAAAGACAAUGUUUUUGGUGCAGAAGAGGCUCUUUUGCCUUCUCUCGUGUAACAAGCCCACCAUCCAUCUUUCCUCCUAUCAACUCUGCAGUCUCUUUAGCUUUUCCACUGCCGAAGACCACAGUUCAAAUCAUAGAUCCAAAUUUAUGUUGGUCGAACCCCUUCCGUCAUGUGAACUUUCCUCAAAAGAGGCUGCAAAAAUGGCCGAGGGUCGCAUCUGUGAAAAAAAACUUCCAAGUUCAAGUCCUUCCAUUGAGUUCUUUAAGCAGAGCGGUUGGAGUGAUGCACAAGUUAUGAAGCUUACCAAGAGGUCACCCAAGUUGUUGCAUGCUAAUGUAGAGACUGCCCUGAAGCCCAGGAUGAGAUCUUUACAGGACAUGGGAUUUUCUGACACUGAAAUAGUUGAGCUGGUUUCAUUAUGUCCUCAUGUGCUCCUAUUACGUGACAUCAAACCGAGGAUCAACUUCUGGAGGUCACUAUUAGGUUCGAAUGAGAGGCUUCUGAAAGCCUGCAAGAGGAACAAGUUUCUUCUUGGUUAUAGCUUGGCUCGGACGAUAGAACCUAAUAUAUCUCUCUUGAGGGAACAUGGCAUCAGUGACGAGCGUAUCAUGCAUAUGGUGACGACAUUGCCACGCUCUUUUGGUCGAAUAGACAAAUUAAAGGAGGUUAUCAAAUAUAUUGAGGAAUUGGGUGUCCCACGUGACUCUGGAGUAUAUAUGUGUGCACUUCAUGUAGUCAUGGGCAUGAACAAAUCUAGUUUUGAUUCUACCAGUGCAACUCUGAUGAGCUUUGGGUGUUCCCAGCCUGACAUCGUUGCUGCAUUCAGGAAGUGCCCAAACGUUUGGGCACUCUCAAACAAGACCAUAUGUGACAAGAUGACAUUCCUGAUGAAGGAAGCUGGUUUUGAGCUGACAUAUAUCAUUUCCGGUCCCGUGAUUCUUACUUACAGCUUGGAGAAGAGGCUGAGACCUCGAUAUGAGGUUUUGAAUUUUCUUAAGCAGAAUAAAUUGCUGGAUGAAGGACAUAGUCUACCAUCCGUCGUACCACUAUCUGAGGAGAAGUUCAUAAAGAAAUAUCUUUUCCGGCACAAGGAGAAAUUUACUUCUCUCUAUGAUUCCUAUCUUGCUGCUGUUCAGGGAAAGCCACAUGUUGUUACUUGAAAUCGAAACUUUAAAUUAAAAUGAUCAACUUGAUACUGACUGCACUAUAUAAUCAUCUAAAAAUUUGUGACAUUAUAAAUUCUCCAGGAGUUUCUUGUUGUAGAACAGCCAUGAUGAUUUUGAGAUUUUUUUUAUUUAUUGUUUUACAACAAAAUUUACCAGAUUCUUUGA